AUGCAUCGCGGCAGCGCCGGUGGCGGCAAUGCCGAGGAACGCCGGCAGCGCCUGCGUGAUCAGAUGAAGGCCUUCUACGGCGACCCGAACGCCUCCACGAAGCGAGCGGCGUCACACUCGUCCACACAGAGAAACCCCAAUGUUCCACCGGAGCUCGACUUAGACUCGGAGUACUUCAAUGUCAACCGCUACACCACCGACCUACUUAAACGCGAGACUCUGAAAGGAUUGGUCGAGACGGACACCGAGCUACUGCGCCGUGUACGCCGCUUGGAUGGGGAGCUGCAGGAGCUGGUGUACCGAAACUACGCCCGCUUCAUCUCCGCGACAGAGACGAUCCGGGAGAUGAAGGACAACGUAGUCGAGAUGGAUGCAAAACUGCAGACUCUCUCGCAGAACGUCAACACGAUUGAUAGCAUCUCGAGCCAGAUCGCCCAGCAGCUGCAAGUGCACCGCGGCCACAUCGAGGAGACCAUCACCGCGAAUCGCAUGCUCAAGAAGGUGCAGUUUCUCACCAGUCUGCCCACCACAAUGCGCCGGCUGAUUGACCAGGGGGAUUACAGCGUCGGUGUCAAGUACUGGGUGGCCGGCGACGGAUUUCUGUCGAAGCACAAGUCGAUCUCGAGCAUCACACAAAUUCAGCAGAACUGCUGCCAGCUCGCCAAGGAGCUCUACCGCGCGAUCGAGCAGCAUAUGUGCUCCUACCCACUCGACGACCCUGACGCGAUGGACCGCCUUCGCGGCUACGUCGAGGACCUGCGGCUCCUGCGCGCCACCUCGCUUUUUGAGUCGGCGAACAUGAUCGAGGAGGCGCCCUUCGAGGAGACGGUAUUGCAGACCCUCAUGAAGAGCGUCCUAGCGAGCUUCCAGGCGAACGUGGCGACUACGCAGCGCAGCCUUAAUGCCGCCCUCGCCAUCCCAGACGACCUCCAGGCCUCCGAAAUCGCGAAGCGGGAGGCGUCACUGGCACAGGUUAACCUGCGCGAGCCGCUGGUGCAGCUGAAGAACGCGUGCGCGAUGCUCGUCGUCAACACAGAGCGCGUGUACGCCCUGUUGGAUGCGGAGGGGCGCAGCAGCAGUGACCGCGGUCCCGCUGCGCCCCUCGUCGCCAAGUCGAUCCAGCCGGUCCUCCUCAAAGUGCUUCAGGCCGUCUCCCAGUCGCUCGCAGACUUCGCGAUGGUGCACCUGGACGCGAUUGCGAUGGAUGGCGCUUCGGCACUUCGCAACCCCACGGCAAGCGCGGAAGCUCUACAAGUAGCAACGACGCACCUCGUCCGGCUGCUGAGCCAGUUUGUCACGGCUAUGAAGACGCUAGGCGAGAUCUACCUUCCCUCCAUGGGGCAUGACGCUGCUGAGGCGAGUGGCAGCGCUGCUCCCGCCGCCGACACCGUGCACCUGUACGCAAACAAGGUCCACGAGGUGGCAUGUGACGUGGUGCGCCAGUGCUGGGAGCGGAUACAGGAAAGGUUGCUACAAGGGCCGGAGCCAGAGCUGCUCAAGGCGUGUGGCCCACUUUCUCUAUCGCACGUCAGUGUCCUCAGCACAGUGCCGGCGGUUGACGAGGAGGGCGCCCACGAAAUUGCCUUUGCUCUCACUCGCUUCCUCUACGCCUCGCUGACGCAGUGCCUCUCCACAUCCCUCCGCACCACCCUGCUCGGCGAGGAAGGCGUGCCGGUUGACAUGCUGACGUCCAUCACUACAGGGCUAGAGCGGACGGCGCAGCAGCUUCAGCACCGCGGUAUUGUGCUGCUGGGUCAGUUAGAGGUGCGGCUCGUGUACGACAAGGCAUUCAGUGGCAGCAGCGGGCAUGUCAGUGCGGCGACGACGACGACGACUGGGCCGAAAGUGCAGGAGGUGCUGCUGCUCCUGCUGCCCCAGUGGGCCACUGUGUACGACGUCCUCAAGGCACUGCCACCCCUGAAGACAGCGAGCGCGACAGCGGCCGCCAAGAGCAAAGGUGGUGUGUCAUCGUCGGUGUACCGUCACCGUGACAACAGUGGCUACGGUGGCGGCACUGCGUACCGCGUGAGUGGGGGCAGCAGCACUGGGACUCACAGCGACUACCGUGCCGGCGGUAGCAGCGCGGUAGUCGGCGGCUCCUCGGCCCACCUGCGCGGGGGUAGCAGCGGGGGCAAGCCGGAGGUUUCCUACACACGUCAGGUGAUGUCCAGGCUGCAGAUGAGCGUGAACCACAUCUUCGCAAACGCGGAGACGUGGCUGCGCACGGAGCCGGUGGUCGGACUGCCGUCAGCACUGAUGGCAUGCGUCGUACGCUACUUGCUGCAGGGCAUCCUCGACCGAGUGCGCGACGAGGCAGCCUAUACCGAGACGCAGUUUCAGCAACUGCAGGUGAGCUGUACCUUCCUCCUCCAUGCCCUUGUAUCCCCUACGAAGGGGUCCGCCCCGCGACAGUGGCGCAAGGAGUGGUCGGAGGAAGACAUGCUCGAUGUCCAGCGGCUCUUGAACGAGGUCUGCGCAUGCGCCUACGAUAAGUACGAAGCGAAGGUGCCCCUUCCCACCGCCGUGCUAGACCGAGUCGUCGAGACUGCCGUGCGCAGCGGUCGAGCCGCACUGGAGGCCGCGAAUAUCAGCAGCGCCGACACUGCUGCGGCGACUGCGGUACCGAUGCCUUCUGUCACGGAGGUGACCUUCCCAGGAGAAGAAACGAAGACUCCUUCACUGGAGCCGCCACAACCGGCGCCAAUCGCCCCUGCUCUCGUCACUUUGAGUCCUCAGCCUCAGCAGCUACUGCAGGAAGUGCGCCACCCCCUGCGCGAUGACUUACUACAGUCGUCAGCCGCAGCGUCGUCGGGGGAGACCCCUAACAGCACAGCUGCACCAGCGCCAACGGCGUCUGCUGCAGCACCCUCACCGGCUCCGGUCGCCUCUGCCUCGGCACCGUCGCAGGCCACGCCCGCUACCCCUGCCCAAGCCUCUGUGGCACUUCCCCCGGAAUCGCGGGCCGAACCCGCAGCCUCUCUUGUACCUGCUGCCGCAGAGCGUCUUGCAGCAGCGCCGAGGACAACCAUGCCGCCACCGCAAGCGCGCUUCUCCUCGCACUACAACAGUGACAGUCGCACCGAGCGCGUGGACGAAGAGGAAGAGCUGCCCUUGUAG